AAUAAGUAAAUAACUCUGCCUUUUCCUUUCAUUGUCCACCAAUUGUUCGCUAUAUUGCCCCACACAGAACAACAACAACAACAACAAGAAGAAAAAGAGAGAGAGAGAGAGUUCUGUGAUUGCAUUUGCAGAGGGGAGGAUAAUAAUUGAGGCGUGGUGAAGAAUUUGUUGGAGUGAGGGGAGGCCCCACCUUCCCUUCACAUUCAUUAUCCUUUUCUUCAUCACUCUCUUUUUAAUCCUCUUCUCUAUCUGUCUGCACCACCCCGAGGCCUUGGUUCCAUUGAUUUUGUGGAUCUUGAGGCUCUUGUGUGGCUCUCUUGCUGCUUAGCUAGAUCUAUUUUAUUCUGGCUAGACACAAAUUAUAUUCCCACAAGAUUUAUUCACUUACCAAUAAGUUUUAGAGAUUUGGUUCUUAUUAUAUAGACUCACCUUGCAUCUUUUUUAUUUUUCAAUUCCAUUUCUAGGUGUUAUAAAACCUGCUAUCAGAUCUUGCUGCCCCCACCUCCAUUUCUUGCUCCUUCUUCAUAAGGACCAUUGUAUACAGAUUCUUUGGUCUUCAUUGAAUGAUAGCUGUUUAGGUUGACUACACACGGUUGUGUUGUGUUGUGUUGUUCUCUCUUCUUUAUUGGAAACCAAUAAAAGAGAGAGAGAGAGAGGGAGUUGGUAUUAAGCUACUGUGAGGUGUGAGCUUAUUUCCAGGGUUCAUUCGUGUGGUUGUCUACCUAAUUUAUUCUGAUCUAACUUUGGCCUAGGAGGCCCACCAUUGGGUUUUGGUGGGCUAUCAUUCAACCAAUAAAAAACCCAUCUUUAAAAGGAGUAUUAUUUUGAAGGUUCUUGUGUUUCUUUCCAACAAGGGAGGGUGUUUCAUUUGUGUCAAGUAGUGAGGUCAUUUUGUUUUUGGUUUUCUUUCCUCUUGUUAGCCAUAUUUGUUGCACAGUUGGCAUUGAGGUUCUAUAUUAAUACAUGCCAAACUUAAACCUGACCUGUGAAAGACACCAGUGCUAAUGCUACUUUACUUUAUCACUUGUAUCUCCUUCCUUCUGUUUUUAAAGCCUCUCCUUUCUCUCAAACCACUUCCUUCAUGGGCUGGUGAAGUCAGGUUGAUCUCUCCCGUGUUUUACAUAGACUUGUCCGUGAAAUCAAUCUCUAAGUUGUUUAGGAAUCGCCUUUUGCUCGGUUUUCUUUGUCAAAUUCCCACAAGAAUGUCUCUAGUGAAGAGGACUCAUACAUCAAAGGUGGAGAAUAUUGAGGACUCCCAAGCCAUGUCAGUGUUGGACUUGCCAGAGCUGGUGUUGGAAUGCAUUUUUGAAAAGCUCCCUGCAGAUUCACUUUGUCAAAUGGCCGGGGUUUGCCGUUCCUUGAGGAAGAAGUGUGUGAGUGAUCACCUUUGGGAGAGGCACAUGAAAGAGAAAUGGGGUAGAGUUAUUGGUCAAGCUGCUUAUAGGGAGUGGAAAUGGCAUGUUGCUUCAAAAGGGAAUGUUGGAUCCCCCAGACUUGGCAAGCAAAGUAGCUUGAUGAGGCUUGUGUCCUUUCGUUGGCCUUUUUCAUGGAUGAGAACGAAGGUGGAUGCAGAUAAUAGCAUCAAGACGCCAAGUUAUUUGCCUCGUGAUUCAUCUAUGACAUGGUAUCUUGCUCUUGAGACUGGCAACUUCUGGUUUCCUGCUCAGGUCUAUAACCGCGAGAAUGGCCAUGUUGGAUUUAUGUUAUCAUGCUAUGAUGCUGAGCUUAGCUAUGAUCCUCACACUGACACCUUCCAAGCCAGGUAUCCACCACAUGGAAGAAGGGCAAUUGCAAUUGAGCAUAGCAUUCCAUGGGAAAGGUUAAGAGCACCACCUGUUGACACUCCUCCACAUGAUCUUCAUAUCUCGGAUUGUCUACCUGAUUUGCAUCCGGGCGAUCACAUCGAGAUUCAGUGGAGAAGAAACAAAGAAUUUCCUUAUGGUUGGUGGUAUGGUGUUGUAGGCCACUUGGAGUUGUGUGAUGGGAAUGAAAUUUACUGCCGUUGUCAUAGUAGUGACACAGUGGUGCUAGAGUUCAAUCAGUACACUCCUGACUCACGUUGGAGGAGGACAACUAUCAGUAGGAAAGAUCAUAGAGAGGAGGGAAAUGAAGCAGAUGGCUUUUAUGGAGGAAUCAGAAAGAUAAAGACUGAUGCCGAGAUUUCCCUUUGGAAAAGCCUAUGGCCUUCUGAAAUCUUGGAUUAAUCAAGAUAUAAUUUUCCACAUAGCAUUAUGUCAAGACUAGUAUUCUUGUUAAGCAUUGGCAGGGGCAGGUUCUUCUGCAUUAGAGAAAAGGGGGCAUAGAAUUGGAUCCUCAUCCAGCCAAAUAAGCGUUUGAGGCUAUCCUAUUUACUUUCCCCCUUUUAAUUAUCACAUUUUUUCAUGCUAAAGUUUAGCCUUUGAUUUCAAUCAAUGUAAAUUACUCAUUUAUGCACUGAUGGCUUAGAAUAUUCAUUCCACAAUAUAUAGAAUGAUUAAAAUC